ACUAAUUAUUCUCCACAUGGCCUUCCUCCUGGUGUCAGCUUAUCUUUUGCUGACUCACACUCAGGGUGCUCCUGUUGAGAAUGGGGCACUGCUGGAGACGCUGAAGUCGCAAGUAGGAUUUUUCAGUAAUAAAAGUGAACACUAUUCUGCACAGGUGAGACCUCCUGGCACAAACCGACGAAUACCUCAGACGAUCAUUAUAGGAGUUCGCAAAGGAGGGACCAGGGCCUUAUUGGAAAUGUUGGAUAUUCAUCCUAAUAUUGUGGUAGCAACUACAGAAGUCCACUUCUUUGACUGGGAUGAAAAUUAUGUUAAAGGAAUAGACUGGUAUAGGCGUCUGAUGCCAUUUUCUUAUGAAAAUCAAAUUACUAUUGAGAAAACACCAGGCUAUUUUACCUCACCACAGGCUCCAGAAAGAAUUCAUGACAUGAAUAGCUCUAUUAAACUGCUGCUCAUUCUAAGAGACCCCACUGAGAGAGUAAUAUCUGAUUAUACCCAAGUAUAUUACAACAGACUAGAAAGUCACAAGCGUGUUCAGCCCUUUGAAGAAAUUGUUAUUAAAAAUGGAGCACUUAAUACCAAAUACAAAGCUAUUCAGAGAAGUCUCUAUGAUAUCCAUAUGGAAAAGUGGCUUAAGCAUUUCAACUUAGAUCAGAUUCACAUAGUGGAUGGCAAUACUUUAAUCAAGGACCCUCUUCCUGAGUUACAAAAAGUGGAAACAUUUCUUAAUCUUCCUUCCAGAAUUAUGUCUUCAAAUUUUUAUUUUAACCAAACCAAGGGGUUCUAUUGCAUUAGAAGUGAUGGAAGAGAGAGAUGUUUACAUGAAUCCAAAGGGCGCCCCCACCCUGUUGUCAACAACACUGUUUUAGAGCAACUUUACUCCUACUUCAGAGAGCACAAUGCAAAAUUUUACAGAAUGGUUAAUCAUUCGUUUGACUGGCAUUAAUACAUUUGGAAUAAAUGUUUCUUAAAAUAUCCUGAAAUAAACUAUUUUCAAAGUUACCUUUGUAAGCUCUCUGGGGUAGCUCAGACUGAAAACUUCAGAAGUUGUUAUAUUGAAAACAUAGCCUUCAUUGGGGAUAGUUGUCCAUUAGCAGCACCCUUUAAACAUGGGAGAAAUAAGUUUGAUAUAUUUGUGUAUAACUACUGUGGGCCAGAAUUUGAUCUCAGUUUCACUGCUGCAAAUCCAUUAAUUUCAGUGGAAUAACUUCAGAUUUACACCUGUAUGACUGAGAUCAGA